GCCACCUUAUGGACACGCACGUGUGGUCAGCGCAGUGUCCGUCCGACGUUGGCCACACGCUUGUUUAGAAAGAGGGGCAGGGGCCCAAGUAUCCAAUACAAGUUUAAAAUGACCGUUUACCGCAGUGGAAGACAGAAGCGCUGAUCGAAAUAGAAUCCGAAUCUUAUUCGCAGUUGCGUUUCGGAAGGAAAUUGCGCACCAAUGUCGUUGACAAGUCGUUGACAUGUCGUGUUUGCUAAAGUGAUUCAUGCUGGUACGGGUGCGUGUUUCCUAGACCGUUUGUAUUGAAGCAAAACGCCGGUUAGCUGCAUCGAACUACAUAUAAUAGUACAAAUAUUCGAAUAGGGUCCUGGAGUAACUUGAAUAAAAGAAAUGGCUUUCAAGAAAAUGUUUUCAAUAUACAACUUUGGAGUGUUUCUUACUUUCACAUCUUUGUCUGGAAUCAUGUCAGUUAUGUCAAGUAUCAAUGUAGAAGAAGGAAUGGGUGUUACUGCAUUAGCGAUUGGGUAUGGAACAUCAUUGGUGGCGGCAUUAAUUGUACCAAGCUUAAUUGAAAGAGUCGGCUGCAAAAAGUUGUUCAUAAUAUCUGAGUUUGGUUAUAUGUUGUUUGUUAUUUCAAAUGCAUACCCAUCUUACAAUAUUUUGGUUGGUGGGUUUGUUCAAGGUUUAAGUGAAGCCUUAGCGUGGACAGUGAUGCCUCUAUUCACAUUUCACUACGCUAAAAAGCAUUUUACGAAAGGUUCAAAAACCAAUGAAGAAUAUGCAAAUCAUUACAUGGGGUAUUUCUUUGCUGCAGUCGAAGCCUCUAUGAUCAGUGGAAAUGCAAUUGGAUUUCUAAUUUUUCAUAUUGACCGCUCCGUUCACCCCAGUAAUGUUACAGCAGAGCACGCUGUUGACUUUAAGUUAUGCGGAAUAAAUGAUUGUCAACUUCCCAAUGCCACAGAACAAAAUUUAAGCCAGUACACCCCUACUCAAAGCAUGUUUCUCUACAUUGCAAUUGGGACUUUUGCAUUUAUACAAUUGGUAGCCAUCAUCCUACAUGCAUUGUAUUUGCCGAAAGAUCUAAAACCUUCCCAGCCUGAUAAAGCAAACAAUGAUACGCUCAUACAAGUAGUUAACUUAAACGAAAAUGAAGAAAUGGAAAUUUCCAACAACAGUGUCAAACUGAAAACAUCAGUAAUAACAACAUUGAAGUUAUGCGUACACCCAAAACACAUCUUAAUUUCUCUUCUUACAAUUUACAAUGGCAUGACAUUGGCUUUCAUCAUGACCGAGUUGACAAGAGCAUACGCCUCGUGUUUCUUUGGUUUGGAUAAAGUCAGUUUGUGUAGUAUGAUAUUUGGUGCAGCAGAUGCUUUCUCUGCAGUUAUCACUGGGAAGUUGGUUGCUAAAAUUGGAAGGAACAUUCUAUUUCUUGUUGCGUUUCUGAUUGAUGUGGUUUGCUAUGUACUAUGUCUGCUUGAGCUACCAAAUGAACACAACCAAUGGCUUGUGUACUUUCUGUUCUUUUGUCUAGGUGCUUCAGAUGGAGUUUGGCAACCUUUAAUAAUGGCAAUGUAUGGCGAAUACUUUCCGAAGCAAACAAUUAUUGCUUGCAACUUAUGGAACGUUGUGAUAAAUGUCGGUUAUACUUUCCAAUUUGCAAUCAGUACCUCACUUUGUGUUCACAGCAAAAUUUACAUUCAGUUGGGUGUGCUGGUGGUUGGAUUAGUUGGAUACUAUGCAUCCCAACUUCUAUACUACAAGGGUUCGAAAUAAAACAUAAAUCAAGCUGCUUUUAUUUCAUUCUAGGAAUUGGAAGGAAAUAAUAUACUAGUGCA